CGCUGCCGUGUGCCCCGCGUCCCUCCUCCUCCUCCUCCUCCUGCUCCUCCUGCCCAGCGGGGCUCGGAGGAGGAGCGGGCGGCGCUGCGGGACACCUGGAGCGGAGCACAGGUGGCUCGGCCACAGGCAGGCGGCGGCAGGUGGCCUCCGGGCUCCUUCCUCCACCUCCUCCUCCUCCUCCUCCUCCUCGCCAUUCCGCCGGCGGGACAGGUACGCGCGGCCGGGAGCAGCCCGGUAGCGAUCGGCGGGGCACGACCGCCCCGACACCCGCUGCACAUACACUAAUCCUGGCUCGGGGAGCUGGGGGACGGGGCCGGCGGCGGCUGGAGGCCCUCAGAAUUUGAAGUUCUGGUGGUAGAUCAUGGGGAACCAUGUAGGGAAACGAGAACAUAGUGCUGACAAGUCAACCAAGAAUGCUGAAACCAAGGUGGAAGAGGCAGCUAAAGAGAGUCCAAAAGCAGCAAGACUAACACAGCAGUCUUCAGAGGACAAUGAAGUAUUUGGAGAGGCAGAUGUGAACCAGAACAAUGGGACCUCCACGAAGAGCCCAGCGGUGACAGACUCCAAAGGCGCAGCAGACCCGAAGAAUGCCUGGCCCGAGGCCAACCCAGCUGACACGAGCGGUCGCCCCCACUUGAUCCGCCUCUUUUCCCGAGAUGCCCCAGGAAGAGAAGACAACACCUUCAAAGAUCGGCCCUCCGAGUCAGACGAGCUACAGACCAUCCAAGAGGACAGUGCAGCAGCUUCAGAGAAUUCGGAUUUGAUGGCUUCGCAAAAACGCUCCUCGUUCCGGCACGGAUCAAAAAUGGCCUCUGCAAGCACUACAGACCAUGCUCGACAUGGAUCUCCAAGGCACAGAGACUCGGGUCUACUUGACUCGCUGGGCAGAUUCUUUGGAGGUGAAAGACACGUUCCCCGGCGGGGCUCGGGCAAGGAUAUACACGCAGCCAGGGCCAGCCACGUAGGGUCCAUCCCCCAGAGAUCUCAGCACGGCCGGCCUGGUGAUGACAACCCCGUAGUCCACUUCUUCAAGAACAUUGUCUCACCCCGCACCCCUCCUCCAAUGCAAGCAAAGGGAAGAGGAUUAUCCCUCACCAGAUUUAGCUGGGGUGGUGAAGGACACAAGCCAGGAUACGGAGGAAGCGGAAAAUUCUAUGAGCAUAAAUCUGCUCACAAGGGACACAAGGGAUCCUAUCAUGAGGGCCAGGGCACUCUUUCCAAAAUCUUUAAACUGGGAGGCUCUGGCUCCCGACCUGGAUCGCGGUCUGGUUCACCAGUUGCGAGGCGCUGAGGCUCUAAGAUGCCACUCAAGGAUCACAUACUCUGCUUCAUAAUGUAACGGCCUUAAAAUUAAUAACAACUGCGAGAAUUACCUAGUUAGAUGCCAUCCAUUACUUAAUGCCAAUUAGGUUCUGCAUGCAGUAGGUUACACAAACUUCUAUUGGCAAUCCCUGACCAACAGUUGAAUGAAAGGAACACACAGAGUAGCUUUACUAGAAGUUUUCCCUAUUUUUAUGUAAAGUAACAAGAUCUCUUGACUUUACUCAUUCUUCUUCAGGAUGCCCUAACUGUACGCUGGACUUCAUUAUUUCUCCCGUGCCCUUAAUUUGAGCUCGAGUCUUCUGGUUUCAUUUUAUUGAACAUCAGAAUUGCAAAUAAAGAGCUAACAUCUUGAAUACUGAGCACUGCUGUUAACGAAUUUCUGAGACACUGCUGUAAAGAAAAAAAAAAAUCCACCUUGUGCAGAAGUUGUAAGGACUGUUUAUCCAAAUACGUUUUUUUAAUUUGGGAUUUUUGUUUGGUUUUUGUUUUGUUUUAAUCUUCCUUCUCUCACUCACAGAAUAAUUUAUUUUCAUAACAGGAUUAGGCAGUCAUGGAAAGGUUUACCAAACAUUGGGAGUUCAAGGUAUGUGAAAUGUGGGAGGGGGCAGAUGUUGUAGAAUCAAUACGAUGCAGAGCAGCUGUAAUAAGGAAAUGCUUUCCAUACCAAAAAUUGCUCGUCGCAUCCAAACCAUUAGAAUUAAGAGCAGAUGAGGGAGAGAAAGAGGAUUUCAAAUUUGAGUUAGACUAAUGUUAAGAAACAAGGGAUAUUCCCAGCAACGAAACAUCUAAGAUUGCACAUGUGACCGACCACUGGACGUCACUGUUGCUCCACGCGAACUCUGCUGCAGCAGCAUUAACUUUGCAGUAAAAUAAGUAAGUAAAUAAACGUAUACAUAAAUAAGUCUAAUUUCUGAAAGAGAGCCCUUCAGUACUGGUAUCUCAGAUAGUCCUGCACAUCUUAUGAUAGAAUUUCAAACCUAGGUCUUGGUAUUGCAGCAGUGUUGGGUUUGGUUGGCUCAGCUUUUGCCUGAAUAACACCUGGAUGCCUGUUCAGGGCAGUGCACCAAAGCCAACUCAUAGUAAAACUACUGUGAACGUUUAACUGUUGUACUGUAGUUGCCUGAUAGAAAUAAAUUAUAGCCGAGUUAGAUUUAGGUAUUAAUUGUUCACAAGUAACUAAAAUGAAUGUGUGGCAAUGGUAUUUCCAGCCACAUAGAGAAAUACAAGGCUCUUCUGAAUUGCACUGUUUUAUUACUUAAACUUACCAUUCCUUCAAGCUAUCGUCUAAGUGUCUUAAUUAAUUCUUCUUUUCUAUUUUAGUUUUAGCCAAUGUGUUAUAGACUACAGUUAAUGCUUCCCAGGUUGAAACUGCAUCUAUAGUAAGUGCCCAGUAAAAGUCACCUAUAAACGUGUAUGUUAAUUCCAUUUCACAUCUAGAUCUAUUUUAGGUUUCUAUUCAGCAUAUAUUAAUAUAAAGCAGUGGAAAAUGAGAGGAUAGAAAAUACAUAGAGAUUAAAGAAAACAAAACCACCAAAACUAUUGAGUACACACGCGUUACAUCUUCUGUUACCUGCAUUGUUUGCUAUGUGUAUUUUUCUAUUGUAGCUUCGUUCAGAUGUAUACUCCGCAACGUAAUAGUUGAUUUAAUUUGAACACAUAUUGUUCUUAUAGGAACAAAGCUUUUAAAAAUAUUCAGUAUCGAAAUAAAGUAAUCAACUUGUAAUGAAA